UCUUCGAGCUCGAAAAGUGUUUCUUUCUCUGUUCUCUCUCUCGACCCAUCGAACGAUACAGCAACUGUCGUUUCCGGUGCCAUUUUUCUAAGCAGGAGGGUAAUGGCGUCGAAGCUGUCGACGUUGGUGCUGAGGCAGGUCGUCUCCAGGGGGCACCAAGCCUCCCGCCCCUUCUCCACGAUCGCCGUCCGCUCGGUCCUCGUCAACGACCGAUCCGCUUCGCUUCUGCCCGGCGCCGCGGACCAGGCCGGAUGGGUGUGGUUCGCGGCUCGCCUGUAUCCGGCCCGCGCCAGCAGCACCGUGGCGGCGAAGGGGGUCGUCGGCCAGGAGGAGGCGACCUCGGCCGCCGGCGGCGACGAAAAGGACAAGAAGAUGGUGAGCUACUGGGGGAUCGCGCCGCCUAAGGUGGCGAAGGAGGACGGCACUGAGUGGAAGUGGAACUCUUUCAGGCCAUGGGAGACAUACUCCCCGAACCUGGAGGUUGACCUGCGCAAGCACCACCCCACCAGUAACUUCCUCGACAAGUUUGCCUAUUAUACCGUCAAAUCCAUGAGGGUUCCCACUGACAUCUUCUUCCAGAGGAGGUAUGGGUGCCGGGCGAUGAUGCUGGAGACGGUGGCGGCGGUGCCGGGAAUGGUUGCAGGGAUGCUGUUGCACUGCAAGUCUCUGAGGAGGUUCGAGCACAGCGGCGGGUGGAUCAAGACGCUGCUGGAGGAGGCCGAGAACGAGCGGAUGCACCUGAUGACGUUCAUGGAGGUGUCCCAGCCCCGGUGGUACGAGAGGGCCCUCGUCUUCGCCGUCCAGGGCGUCUUCUUCAAUGCCUAUUUCCUUCUCUACAUGAUCUCCCCGAAGCUCGCCCACCGCAUCGUCGGCUACCUGGAGGAGGAGGCCAUCCACUCCUACACCGAGUUCCUCAAGGAGAUUGACAACGGCAACAUCGAGAACGUCCCCGCUCCGGCCAUUGCCAUCGACUACUGGCGCCUGCCGGCCGACUCUACCCUCCGCGACGUCGUCUUGGCCGUGCGCGCCGACGAGGCCCACCACCGCGACGUCAACCACUUCGCCUCGGAUAUACAUUGUCAAGGGCAUCAGUUGAGGGAAACUCCGGCGCCUCUUGGGUACCACUGAGCGCUCUAUUUAUCAUCAAAAAGAAAUUGAAGGCCAAUGCUGUGGUGAAGAUGUUAUAAGCGGUAUAUGAGAUCCCUGUGCAUAGUUAUCUUGGUUGGCUACUUAUGUUUCAAGUAGGGGAGAGUUGUUUUUAACUGUCAAUGUAACGUUAAAAUCGUCUGUUUUUUUUUCCCUUCUCUGUAUACGUCGCCAAGCGUUGGUGGUAUUUGAGGGUUGUGCGCUUCGGUGUUGUGCAACCCCUAGAGAAUAAUAAGUCAUUGAAUGCGAUUCACUUUCGCCCCC